GCCGGUGCCGGGCUGCGCGCUGCCGGCGCCGUGGCGGCGGCCGGGCGAAGCACCAGAAUGAAAGACAUGGACAAUAUCAAAACUGUAAAGAAAGAAUGGAUGUGUAAAUCAGGAACCGAUGAUCAGAUUUUGAAUGGUACGCAACAAAACUGUGACUACUUUGUAGAUAACCUUUUUGAAGAAGCUCAGAAGGUUGGUGCUAUAUGUAUGCCCCCAACUACAGUCAAGAACCAGGUCGAUGUAAUCAUUAAACUUUGGAAAAACGGGUUUACAGUAAACGAUGGUGAACUUAGGAGCUACACUGAUGUUGCAAACCAGCAAUUCUUGGACUCCAUUAAAAAAGGGGAACUGCCUUUUGAGCUACGAAAAGUUUUUGAUAAGGAGGAGGUAGAUGUGAAAGUGGAAGAUAAAAAAGAUAAGGUGUAUUUGUCAUCGAAAAAGCCAAUGUUUCAUCCCUUUUCUGGACAUGGUUACAGAUUAGGAAGUGCUACUCCAAGGAUAAUCUCUAAAGUAAGAGAUGAUCAUCAAGGACCUGACAACAAGAGACACCUGCCUUUAGUACCCUUAAAUGAUUUGGAGCCUAUCACUAACAUCCAGAUCUGGUUAGCUGAUGGGGAAAGGAUAAUUCAGAAAUUCAACGUUUCUCACAGAAUAAGCCAUGUCAGAGACUUCAUAACAAAGUAUCAAGGAUCAGAGGGAAGUGUUCCCUUCACACUGACUACUUCGCUGCCCUUUCAAGAGCUGCGAGAUGAGACGCUCACACUAGAGGAAGCAAAGUUGCAAAAUGCUGUUGUUGUUCAGAGACUUCGGAAGACAACUGAACCUUUCAGACUCUUAGUGAUAAAAGCACCUGACAAUGACUAUAAAACUGCUGCUACACCUAAUGGACAGCUCAAGAAUGAGCAAAAAAAUCCUAUCAAAAGUACGAGAUCAAAUUAGCUUUUAACUGGCCAAAAACUACAUACAGGUGGAACUAGACAAAACCAAAAAUGUAACCAGCAAUAUCUGGAUGCACUCUCAUCCUCAUGUACUGUGCUUUUAGAGAGCAGAAUGUGUACUGUGCUAUCAUCUGCUGUAAUAGAAGUAUUUUCAACUAAAUUUGGUGGUCAGAGCCUGGCUAUAUAACGUAGCAGAGGUAACUGUACAACAGGUCAUCCUUAGAAUUUCCUUAGGUAGAAAGCUUCUUAGUUCUUUAAUGAGUGUAUUUAGGCAGAACAGUUCUCUGAGACUUAAUUACUACUGAUAGCACCUUUUAAGGAAAAAUAGUAUUUAUUUUUGCACUUUGGACUAAAGUGGAACUGAACUGUUUGGUUUCACUUACAUUUUGGUGUAAGCUGCUGCAGUUUGCAUUCUUCUCACUAACUUUUAGGCAACAGAUGCUGCAGGGAAGCUCACAUUUGAACUCCUAACUAACUUGAAAAUCUUCAAUAUCAGUAUCUUCAGGAUUUCACUUUUAUCACAAGAUCUGCAGUGUAAUGUUCUAUCAGGUCUUCACAUGGUGGCAGGCACAUGUGUGAGAAGAUAGAAAUGAGGUAGUCUGGUGCUUACUGCAGAUGAAGUGCCUCAAAGUAAGCUCUGAAGGAAUUGUUAUUACCAAUGAUUGAAGUGGUUUCUGCCUCUCUUGUGCUGCUAUGGGUGUCUUACAGAUAGGGUGAUGUUAAACUACCUAGCUCAUUAGGCUAGAGAUCCACUUUUAGCCUUGUCACACAAAACCUUCAGCUUUUCUGGAGAUUACCAUACAGGAAUAGUGGCUUAGAGGGACACAGUUGGUUUUGUACUAUAUAUCUGCCUCUGUCCUGAACCGACCAGCUGAUUGAGACACUGAUUGCAUGUGGCCAAGUUUCAAAGAUGUUGGAAAUUCUUAUUUGAAAACUGAGGUUUCUUCCCCUCCUCUGCCCCAUUUCCAUCCAAAUCUUUUAUUUUGCUAUUCAUGUACUUGAGACGUAAAAUUUGUAGCCAACUAUUUCACAUUUUGCUAAAGGAGAAGUCAACAUAAAGACUAAAUAUUUUGUACUGUGUUUGCUAAGUAGCAUGUGGGUUUGUGAAUGGAACUAGAGUCUCUAGGUAAGACUUAUUCUGGGGCCUUCAGUGAGUGCUGACUAGUUUGUGCUACCUACACAAAUGGAUGAUUGUUGGAGUUGUACUUCUUUUGCAUGGUUAAAUGAAAGAUGGGUUUGAGAUUUCCUGGUUUUGUUCUAAAUAGAAAAUUACUUAAUUGGAGUUACCUGAAUUCUA